AUGCAACUCACCACCAUCCUCGUAGCAGCCCUGGGCUCGCUCGCCGCCGCCGCCGAUCUCGGCAUUGAAGUAACCAAGUCCGUCGAGUGCGACCGCAAGACCGUCAAGGGCGACGGAGUCUCCAUGCACUACCGCGGCACCCUCCAAUCCGACGGAUCAGAGUUCGACUCUAGCUACAAGCGCCACGCGCCGUUGACUUUUAAGCUUGGCACUGGUCGGGUCAUCAAGGGAUGGGACCAGGGAUUGUUGGACAUGUGCAUUGGCGAGAAGCGCACGCUUACAAUUCCCCCCGAGUUCGGAUACGGAGACCGUGGUGUUGGCCCUAUUCCCGGUGGUGCGACGUUGGUGUUUGAGACUGAGCUGGUUGCUAUCGAGGGGGUGAAGGAUGAGCUCUGA